AUGACAGUCAUCGCCGGGCCGACAACCUCUAAGCAGCCAUUGGACUGCACAUUUGAUCCUAUUAAUUUAUUUAAAAACAACAGUUUUUUUUUUGGGUUGGCGAAUACAGAUACCCAAGUCUCGAAAUUUGAGCUUACAGAAGUAGCUGCAAUGAUAUCGUUGAGAUCAAAUGAGGCCGAGAAACGUAAGAAAGCAGAGCGAGCGGCCAUGAUAUCAAAUUUCAAGUACAAAAAUCUUGAAGCUGCUUUCAGAACAAUAGCCAGAGAGAACGAGGUAGCGACCUCGCUUUUAAAGCUUUACGAGCAGAAAUGCCAAAGCCUUACAAGGCGACGAAAUGAAGUCGAAGAAGAAAUUCAAAAAAUGGUGGAGAAACUGACAUCACUUGGAGCAAAACUGAACGAAUGCUCCCGUGAUCGACAGGAAGCCAUGCUGGAGGUCGAAGCAAUACGGCAGAAGCUGGCCGCAGUGGAGGAGCAAAACUACCGAAUUUUGCAACAAAAGGACGCCGAAAUUCAACAUCUUCAAAAUUGCUUGCUUUCAAUGCCGCGAGUCGAAACACCAAUCUCCCCUUCGUCCUCUAAUAACCUUGAAUUCCGCGAAUACUCUUUUGAGGAAAUAAAAGCAGCAACCUGCGAUUUCUCCGACAAUUUCAAACUCGGAGAAGGCGGCUAUGGCGAUGUGUACAGAGGCAAAAUAAAACAAACAGCUGUUGCAGUCAAAAUCCUCAGGGAGAACGGUUUGCAGGGUCGGCAGGAGUUCCAAAGCGAGAUCGAUAAUUUCAAAGAAAUCCGGCAUCCGCAUUUGAUAGGGAUUGUGGGAACCUGUUCCGAGCGAGGUUGUAUAAUAUACGAAUAUAUGUCCAACGGAAGCCUUGCGGAUCAUCUCAGCUGCAAAGAUGCCUUUCCACCGCUCCCUUGGAACGCCAGAUUUCGUAUUGCCGCCGAAGUAUGCUCAGCUUUACAAUAUCUGCACAGUUUAAGGCCGGAUCCGAUCGUCCACGGCAAUCUGAAACCCCAAAAUAUACUCCUUGACGAGAAUUAUAGAAGCAAAAUAGGCGACUUCGGUCUGUCUCCUCUUCUGCUAAAAGAUCUGCACUCAGAAUCGGAGCCAAAAGGCACAUUUUUGUAUAUGGAUCCGGAAUACCUGACAAGCGGUGAAUACUCUACCAAGUCUGAUGUUUACAGCCUCGGAAUCGUCCUUCUAGAGCUUCUCACCGGAAAACCGGCACUAGGACUCGUCAAAGAGGUGGAACGUGCCGUACAAAGUGCACAUUUUGAGAGAAUUUUGGAUCCUUCAGCCGGUGAUUGGCCAUUUGCGGAGGCUACUCAAAUGGCUUAUCUUGCCCUAGAUUGCACGGAUCCGGAAAGAAAAAAGAGGCCCGACCUUCAACCGACUGUGAUGAAAAUGCUGAACCAUAUUCGUAACAUGUUCGCUGCGACAAAUCUUGGCAGACUUGUUGAAAGUGGGCAAAAAUGGGAGCCAGCGAGUGAAGAAAUACAUGUUCCCAGCUAUUUCCUCUGUCCAAUCUUCCAGGAGAUUAUGCAGGAUCCUUACAUUGCUGCGGACGGCUUUACAUACGAGAAGGAGGCGAUCCAAGGAUGGUUUGAUUGUGGACAUGAUACAUCUCCCAUGACAAAUGAAAAACCUGUGAGCAAGAAUCUGAUCGCAAACUUUUCUCUGAGGUCAGCCAUUCGACAGUGGCAGGAAAGAGGCGAUAUCGUGGAAAUUUAA